UCUAUUUUAUUUCAAAUGAUAAAUGCAUUUGACCUUUAUUUACCGCACUCAAACGGAAAAGCUGUUUUAAACAAUCAUUAAUCCUCAUUUUCCUGUCUUGUGAUUAGGUACAAAAGGACACGGUACCGUUUUCCUGACUACGGCGUUUUCGAGAUGUAACCAUCACUGAUCGAGAAAACUUCUACGCAGUUACGUUCUGUGAUUUUGGCACUACUCGGCGUACGGCGCAUAAAAAUCCUUUUAACACGUGAAUCGGUGCUCGUUCGGAAUUUCAGGAACACCUGUAGCGAUGACACUGAUGAUUCCAAAGCGUGAAAAUAUCGUCAAAAGAUUUUUAUAACUUCAAGGUAACGAUUGUUUUCUUCAACCUCUGGCAUUAAUGGAAUAUUGACGUACCUUUGAUAAUCUCAAAAUAAGUGUUAUUCCGUUAUCGUGAAAGGGAAUAUAAAACAUAUAUAUAUAUUCUGAAUGUCAAAUUUCUUAUUGAAAAGUUGAUACAAGUGAGCGAAAGGAUACCACUGGAAUCAAAUUCAUUCGGUUUAACGCGAUCGUGUGUAACAAUGACUCCAUCCGUGUAUUUCAUUUUUGUGGUUUUCGGUCUGGUUAUGGCUAGAAAGUUGGAAGUGUUUAAUGAGCAGACAAAAGUAGGUCCGGUGAUUCGGCAUAAUUUCGAAAGCAGGAGCAGCAGGUAUGAUUUACCGACAGAGACAGAAAGCGUGAAAAUUAUGAAAAUGUUCGGUGAACAAUUGAACGAGCUAAAAAGCUUGAUCUUCCAACAAGGAAAGGUGCUGGCGCAACUUACAAAAGGUCAACACAAAAUGAUUAAAGAGAGGGACAGAAACAGAAGGCGACACCGAUAUGUGAAAAAGUAUCUGAGAAAAAUCUAUUUGGGCUGCAAGUGUGAAGCACGGUUGUUUGAUCCGAGGAAUUUUCAUUUCGGCGACGCGGCGGGAAGGAAAACCGACGUCGUAGCGAACUACUCGAGAAAUACAAGCGCCGCUGUAGGUGUCACGGACGCAGGCGUAAAUCCGACCGAACAAACCCACGUGCUUCCUAGUACUCAGAGAAAUGAUGAGAAAACAAGGAACGACAUUACACGUAGUGGCGUCGACCACGGUGCUGGAAAAGAACAACAAACAAAGAACGCCAUUACACGUAUUGGCGUCGACCACGGUGCUGGAAAAGAACAACAAACAAAGAACGCCAUUACACGUAUUGGCGUCGACGACGGUGCUGGAAAAGAACAACAAACAAAGAACGCCAUUACGCAUCAUGGCGUUGGUCACGGCAAUGAUGGCGAUGUCGAUGGUCAAACAACGCCCACGUUGACGAUACUAAACAGACCAUACGUCCACGUUGACCGCUUUGUCGCCGAAGCUGCUGGACGUAAAGGUGCUAGUUACAAUAUACCUGUUGUUAGGAAACCGACGAAGUACGGAAAAAGCCGAGAACACCACAAGCAACCAGAAAAUGGAAUUCUACGAGAUGAAAGCAAAGCGGAUGAUGUUUCCGAGAUGACCACGGUCGGAUUAGAUUAUCUGACGACAGAAAUGGUCGCACUGCCCACAGGUCCCGGAAGAAAAUGGCCAGAAAUAGCGCGCUAUGUCAUGGGACCAUACAAAGGUGAAUAUGACGUACAGAUAGACCUGGCUCUGGGUCGGGUGACCGGCAGUCAUAGCUCUAUCAAGAUCCUGGAGUUUCCCAUGCAGGGGAUCGCCUCUUACUGCAUCCAGCAAGGCGUGGUCAAACUGUCGUUUGGAAAACCGGGCACUGCUCACCGCCAUGAUGCUCUUUUGAUUGACAUGACCUUUGACACGCCCAGCGAGUGGGUUUUUAACAUCGGUGAUUCGAGCAGCAAUGACGGAAGAUCCGGUGAUCGCUCCACACAGGAAAACGACAGUGAAAUUGAUGGAUUCGGAACUACUUUUGCUGUGUACGGCAGCGACAAGUCACGUGACCCAUGGAGAAAGCAACUCUAUCGGAACGAAGAGUUCGUCAAAGGGAGACUAUCUAUUGUGAUAACAGACCAGGUGAUCGUGUGGAAUAAUUUUGCGGGAAAUUUCGACUUCGUGAGAGACCCUUCGCUGUUUGCUCUGAUCGGACAAAGCGAUGACCAGGGAUCUGUCAAUUAUGAUAUCUUUUUGGGUCUUAACCGUGUCAUUGGUGGAAAGUAUCGAAAUGGGCGUGGACUUUGUACAGCUGCUUUGAAGUGGUUGUGAAUGUAAAAAUAUGCCAAAAAAAUAAAAAAAUAAAUGGCAGGCCAAGGUUGAAACCUGCGCUACAACCGCUUGCUCUGUGCACGUAAAACCCUAUGACCUGACCUGACCUGACCUGACAAAAUGGCAAACAUACUAAAAGGAACUGAAUGUAACAGACACGUCUGUUUGUGCUUUGGCUUUAUUUUUUCAUAUAUCAUUUGAAAUGGCAGUUAUUGAAAUGGGCAGCAUGAACUGUGUAUGGCAGCGUUGAUGAAGAUGGUUUGAUUAAGGCGACACCACACGAUACGAGUGCUUCUAACGAAAACAGCCGAUUGUGAUAACGCAAACAUUACGAUUCCAUCCGAAUCAUCGCUUGUUGUGCAAUCGGCUAUUCUCGCACGAGUCACUCGUAUCGUGUGGUAAUGUCAUUAAAUAUGUAUAUAAAGACAUUAAAAAAACCCACAUUUAAUUGGACAUAAUCUAGUUGAAGGCAUAUGCUAUUACGGCGAUUCAUGAAAUGGGAAUGCAGCAUUUACGAAGAGGUUGUGAACGUAUAAAAUAACAGUAAUAAUAUUAAUAUAAAACAUUUAAUGUACUUAAA